AGCGAUGCGUCUUGGCUGGCUUGGUCAGAAUGGUCGAACUGCUCUGAUUCCUGCGGAUCAUGUGGGGUGCACAUGCGAACAAGAACAUGCUUGACUAGAGUGGAGCAGCAAUCAACGACAAUUGAGUACUGCAAUUUAGAGAUAUGCCGAUAUCCAAGGCCCACUUGCUGCUACAACCUGAAGAGUGAUAUGCUACUUCAUUCCAGGUCACCUCUUACAAUGGACGAUUUGCUUGUCUUGAAAACAGCACUUUUUCUGGUUCUCAGUGAUACGGAAGCUGAGUGGUUGCAAACGCAAAUGAUGCAAGAUAAAUUAAUGUGGAGUGAGUUGGCACAAAAUAUAUAUCUAAACGAGAGGCAAUUUCUGUUGUGA